AUGGGGGGCGAUGCGGGAGCAGAUGGUCCCCGGGGCCGCAUCAAGAGCCUGGGGCUAGUGUUCGAAGAUGAGAGCAAGGGUUGCUACUCCAGCGGCGAGACAGUGGCUGGGCAUGUGCUGCUGGAGGCUGCAGAGCCAGUGGCCCUGUGCGGGUUGCGUCUAGAGGCCCAGGGCCGUGCCACCUCUGCCUGGGGCUCGAGUACUGGCGCCCGGGUCUGCAUUGGUGGCACCGCUCCAGCAGCUUCCUCGGAGGUGGAAUACUUGAACCUGAGCUUGAACCUACUGGAGGCCCCAGCUGGUGAAGGCAUCACUUUAUUACAACCUGGAAAACACGAAUUUCCUUUUCGCUUUCGACUUCCAUCUGAACCAUUGGCGACAUCAUUUACUGGGAAGUAUGGCAGUAUUCAGUACUGUGUGAGGGCUGUUUUGGAACGACCCCAAGUACCAGAUCAGAGUGUAAGGAGAGAGCUCCAGGUUGUCAGUCACGUGGAUGUCAACACACCACCCUUAUUGACUCCUAUGCUGAAAACGCAGGAAAAAAUGGUUGGCUGCUGGCUUUUCACAUCUGGUCCCGUGUCACUGAGUGUCAAAAUCGAAAGAAAGGGCUACUGCAACGGAGAAGCUAUUCCCAUCUAUGCAGAAAUAGAGAAUUGUUCAUCUCGCCUGGUUGUCCCUAAGGCGGCCAUAUACCAAACCCAGACAUAUUUGGCUAGUGGAAAGACGAAGACAGUCCGGCACAUGGUUGCCAAUGUUCGAGGAAACCACAUUGGUUCUGGAAGUACAGACACAUGGAACGGGAAAAUGUUAAAAAUCCCACCUGUUACUCCAUCCAUCCUGGAUUGCUGCAUUAUCAGAGUGGACUAUUCCUUAGCUGUAUACAUUCACAUUCCUGGUGCUAAAAAACUGAUGCUGGAGCUGCCUCUAGUUAUUGGUACGAUUCCAUACAGUGGCUUUGGCAGAAGAAACAGCAGUGUCGCAAGCCAGUUCAGUAUGGACAUGAGCUGGUUGGCACUAGCCCUGCCGGAGCAGCCUGAAGCACCACCAAAUUACGCAGAUGUGGUAUCCGAGGAAGAAUUCUCCCGACACACUCCUCCAUACCCACAGCCCCCUGACUGUGAGGGAGAAGCCUGCUACUCCAUGUUUGCCUGCAUACAAGAAUUCCGGUUUCAGCCUCCACCUCUUUAUUCAGAGGUUGAUCCACAUCCUGGUGAUGCCGAAGAGGCCCAGCCUGUUUCCUUCAUGCUUUGA